GCCGUCUUUGUCACGCGGCUUUGCUGUUAGCUGUUAACGGCAGCAGGACUUAUACCCUCAAUUCUUCGCUCCAGCAUCCACUGCCUCCAUAAUCUAUUCAUUUAUCUCCUCCAAUUUACUUUCAAUUCGGACGACCUUUCCCCAUGCAUUUUCGUGUGCGUCGUUCACGAACGUUGGAGUAUUUGCUUCAAUCGUCCCUCUCUGUCGCCUGCUGCCCAAAUCCCCGACCUAUGGAGGCUAAGCCUGUAGCUCGAAAGGCCCUCCUUAUCGGGAUCAGCUAUGCUUCGGAAGUAUAUAGGUCGAAGCCAGAGAGCCAGAUGCCGGGCGCCCUCGCUGACGUUAAGGAAAUGUAUGACAUUCUCAUCGGCCCAUUACACUUCAGGAAGGAGGACAUUACUGUGCUGACUGACGGCCCAGAUAAACCCCGCCAUUUAUGGCCUACCAAGGCCAACAUUGAAAGAGCAAUCAGUGAUUUCGUAGGCGGGACCUCGUCCGGCGAUAUCUGUUUUCUAUUCUAUGCCGGGCACGGACACCAGAUCUACAACCCCUCCAGCCCGGAAACGGACAAGCGUGACAAGCACAUUGUGCCUUGUGACGCCAUCGAUCCUGAUGGUGCAUUCAUGGAGGAUAAAUUGAUCAUCGACGAUGUGCUCAAGAACAUGCUAGUGAUGCCUCUUGUAGCCGUGGAUGCGAAACUGACCGCGGUCUUCGACUGCUGUCACAGCGGUACAGUUCUCGAUCUCUUACACUAUCGCUGUAACGAUAUCACAGCCUGGAAAAGGACUGUCUUCUCAAAGACGUCUGUCAACUUGAGCCUGAUCGUCCCUUGCACGCUCAACUCGUUCGCGCCCGGUAUCGCCUCAAACUGGGACCCGUGCAUUAGGGACUGCGAAAGGUUUUGCUUGCUCCCAAAGCGUAGAGGCUCCGGAUACGUCAUCUGCAUCUCGGCUUGUUUGGACGAAGAGCUCGCUUGGGGCGGCAACAAGGGAGGGUCGCUGACGAGGGCUCUGAUCCAAGCACUACACCACCAUCCGACACUCAAGGAGCUGAAUAUUUUCAUAGGCGCUAGAGUCAAAGUGUAUGUCAACGCGAUAAUAAAGAAACGGAAGGGCAAGGAUGCGAAGGAAAGCCUUCCAAAGAUUGCUCAACAUCCUCAAUUCUCUAGCCUUUGGCCCUUGGACAUGAACGAACAACGUUUUCUGCUUUAAGCGUUUGAUCGUUUUACAAUACGUUGAUCUGCUCGUUAUCAAACUGCUUUGUGUUGUCCCCGCUUUGUUGAUUUCUCUUGCUUUAUAUUUUUCCAUGUAUAAACUUAGCAUCCGCUCUUCUGUUCUGCUACGCACAUUCAUCCUCGUUCUCGCAUUGUUACAUAAUCGAUACCUACU